GGACGUGUCCAUUUUGCAGGGAUUGCUGGGAAGAAGAAGGAGUCAGUCGAGGUUGGGCCGUCGGAUAAGCGUUCCAAGGUGGAAGUCAGCCACUAAAAGCUUAGUCCCCACGAGAGUUUUUGUUCCAGAGGGAGCUUGAGGAAAGACGGGGCCAAAAAAGGAGACCUAAGCCUUGUAAGCAUCAGUGUUGUCGGGGAAUCCUCAGAGAAACCACAAUGGAAGAGGAGAUAGUGGAGGAGCACACCAAGCUGAAGCAGGGCAUGGUUAAGGUGCUGCAGUGCGUAGCCACCAUCUCGUCAGCGGCAGCUGUGGUCAACCCUAUCUUCGGCGUGGCGGGCUCGCUAAUGCGCGUGGUCCUGCACCACAUUGACGACGAGGACAUCCGCACGCUCAAGCGCGAGUUCGGUUCCGUCAACCGGGCGCUGGACGAGCUCUCGCGCAAGAAUCGCCAGGUCCUGGUGGCUAUUCAGAAGGAGACGCUGGACAGCCAGUACGCCUCGGUGGAGGAGAACCUCAAGAACCAGUUCCGCAAGUUCAUGGAUCUGGUGGAGGCUCGGCCUGAGCACAGCGAGCGCAAGAAGGAAGACUUUGCCCGCAGCUACGCCGACGACUUGGGCGACCAGAACCUGCACACGCUCUACGACGGUGUGGUCGGGAAGCCCAAACUCUUCAGCCGGCCCAUCCUGGAGGUGUUCCUGAAGCAUUCGGGUGGCGAUCGUCGGGCCAUGGAGCGCCUGUGCACACGCCUCACCUACUUGUUCUGCAUCGGCCUGAUUGCCCUGAUGGGCUACGCCGCCGUCAUUGGCGACGACGAUGCCGGCCUGAGCGAGGAGUGGGCCGAGAAGAUGGAGAACGUGCAGGACAAGAUGCAGCAGGCGCUGCGUAUGUGCCGCUGAACCGGGCACGCGCACAUCAUCCACGUUAGCUUGCGCAACAGCGGUGGGCAAAGACGCGUGUGCUACGGUACUGUUGCCACCCGGUUCGCAUUUCCAUCAUUGAGCAUUCACAACUACGGCUUGCGCUUUGUUUUCCUUCGUAAAUUGGUUGGAGGUAUUUUUCUUUCCUAGAUUUCUUUGAAUAAUUCGCCGAUUGCUUUAUUCAAAGUGUCAAUGGGGCAACAUUUUGUGUACGUUGUUUAACUGGAUGGCUGCCAGCCCUUUUGCCAGCAUUUUGACUGAUAGACUAGUCAGCCCCAUUUCUACCGACAAAUCAACCCGGCUGGCUCUACUUGCCAUUUAUUUUGCCGCAAAAAGGUCUUCCAGCUUUCUUAUGUUCUUUAGUAAUCUGCAGUACAACAUUUCCCUCAAAACGCUGAGAAAAGAUUUUUGCGAGAUCAAACAUGCCAAAUAUAAAUAUAGACAGUACGAUGUAAAAUGACUGAUUCCCGCCUUUCUAAAUCUGAGCUACCCCCUCACCCAAAAAAUGCCCUGCAUGUGUUUGCCCGCCGCUGUUUGGACAACGCUGGGACCAAUCUUGAGUUUUGAGUGCUCCGCAAGCUGCCUGUCAAUUUAAUGUCGUCGUCGUCUUAUUAACGAUGGGACUGCCCAACCAAAUGUCUUCAUGCUCUUUGAUACAAGUUAGGGCACAUGCCAAGCCGGUGAAAUUCCUACAAUCGCCAUCUUAUCAGGCUGGUGAGAUGUUCUAAAAAUCAGUAAUACCAAAAAAAAAAAAGAAAACUGUUACGUGAUGAAUGUUCUAUGGUGCUGUCAUACCGAGCUCAUAGCUGAACACUAAAAGUGGUUACACUUGUUUUACUGACACUAGGUGAAAACGCCGCUUGAGUUACACCGACACUACCUUUUAACAAGCACCUAUUUCCUUUCACAUGUUGUGCAGAAUGACUUUAAAAACGGGCAUGUAAAGCAAUGCUGAGUUGGUCACUUUCUCCUCUACGGGCACUUUAUCUUAAAAGCAAAGCAACAGCGGCCACUACAGGUUUUUUUUAAUACUUUUUUUUCCCCCAGCCAGCAGUGCCUAAAUGUUUAUGUUCUGUUUUUUUUUAAAAUUUUUUACUAUGUUAGUCAUCCUAUUAGUUUUUACUGUUCUCAACAUUAAGCGGUGUAAAAUGAAUGAAUGAAUAAUGGGUGUGUACAAUAUACUAUGUUAGCUGUUUGAUUGUCUAGGACUGCUCUAGUUUUGUUAUUUCUGCACGUUUUUAAGCACCACUACAAAUAAAUAUGAGUCCAUGCAUCC